CUCCAUGGCGACGUCACCGGGGAUCCCCUACGGAGCCCUCGGGAGCCCCCAGGUCAAUCCCUCGGGAAUGCCGCCCCCCCCCCCCCACAGCAGCUCCCAGGAUGUGAAACCCCCCGUGGGAAUUCGGCCCGGCGCUGGGGGAGGGGCCGGCAAGCGCCUCUGCGCCAUCUGUGGGGACCGCUCCUCAGGGAAGCAUUAUGGGGUGUACAGCUGCGAGGGCUGCAAGGGCUUCUUCAAGCGCACGAUCCGCAAGGACCUGAGCUACUCGUGCCGCGACAACCGCGCCUGCGUGGUGGACAAGCGCCAACGCAACCGAUGCCAGUUCUGCCGCUACCAAAAGUGCCUGGCGAGCGGCAUGAAGAGGGAGGCCGUGCAGGAGGAGCGCCAGCGGGGCAAGGACAAGGAGAAGGACGGCGACCCCGACGCUGUGGGGCCGGGCCCCGGGCAGGAGAUGCCGGUGGAGAAGCUGCUGGAGGCCGAGCUGGCCGUGGAGCACAAAGCGGAGCAGGGCAGCGACGGCGCCGGCACCGCGCCCCGUGACCCGGUGACCAACAUCUGCCAGGCCGCGGACCAGCAGCUCUUCACCCUGGUCGAGUGGGCCAAGAGGGUGCCCCGCUUCUGCCAGCUGCCCCUCGACGACCAGGUCAUCCUCCUGCGGGCAGGCUGGAACGAGCUGCUCAUCGCCUCCUUCUCGCACCGCUCCAUCUCCGUGCAGGACGGGAUCCUCCUGGCCACGGGGCUCCACGUCCACCGCAACAGCGCCCACAGCGCCGGCGUGGGGGCCAUCUUCGACAGGGUGCUGACGGAGCUGGUGUCCAAGAUGCGGGACAUGCGCAUGGAUAAGACAGAGCUGGGAUGCUUGCGGGCCAUCAUCCUCUUCAACCCGGAUGCCAAGGGCCUGUCCAACGCGGCCGAGGUGGAGCUGCUGCGGGAGAAGGUUUACGCGGGGCUGGAGGCGUACUGCAAGCAGCGGUACCCGGAGCAGCAGGGAAGGUUCGCCAAGCUCCUCCUCCGCCUCCCUGCCCUGCGCUCCAUUGGCCUCAAGUGCCUGGAGCAUCUCUUCUUCUUCAAGCUCAUCGGGGACACCCCCAUCGACACCUUCCUCAUGGAGAUGCUCGAAGCCCCACAUGGAGAUGCUCGAAGCCCCACAUCAACUCUCCUAAAGUGGGGGGAGGGGACGCACUUAUGGGUCCGCCCCAUAAGUUAA